CAGGUCGCGGCCCGGUGACGUCACCGAGCAGCGCCGGGCCCGUGGCUCCGGCCUGAGUAUUGGGCUUCGCUCGGUAUGGCGGACAUGGAGGAACUCUUCGGGAGCGACGCCGACACGGAACCGGAGCAAAAAGACACUGACUCCGGAUCGGAUUCAGAUUCGGACCGAGAGAACACCGGCUCUGUUAGUAACAUUUCCGGUAGCGAGAGCGACCGAGAGGAUGAUCAAGAUGCUUUAAAACCCAGCAAUAAAGAGUUGUUCGGUGAAGACAGUGAGGACGACGGUGUGUCUCACCACAGCGGCAGCGACAACCAGUCCGAACGCUCCUACAUUCAUUCUGAAGGCUCGGCGCACUCUGAACACGAGGACAACGACCAGUCCGAGAUCGAACAGCACAGUGGCUCGGAAGCUGCACACGAUGAGGAAGACGAUGAAGAUCGCAGAUCAGAGGAAGGAAGCCGCCACUCCGAGGCGGACGGAUCCGAGAAAGCACAUUCCGAGGAUGAAAAAUGGGGUGGGGAGGACAAGAGCGAUCAGUCAGAGGAGGACGAGAAGCUCCAAAAUUCAGAGGACGAAGAACAGAUUCAGCAUUCCGACGACGAGGAGAAGAACUCUGAUGACGAAGAGAGGACCCAGAUCUCAGACCACAAGGAGAGGAUGGACCAGUCUGAUGAGGAAGAUGAGAGACCCCAAGUCUCUGACGAAGAGAAGCUGCAGAACUCGGAGGAUGAGGAGAGGCCGCGAAAUUCCGAUGAAGAAAACAUGCAGAACUCGGAGGAUGAGGAUGAACGGGUGGCCCACUCGGAAGAGGAGAAGCUUCCGAAUUCGGAUGACGAGAGGCCUCAGCAUUCAGAGGAUGAAGAGCGCCAUUUGUCUGAGGAGGAAGAGGAACGCGAGCACAAAUCGGAAUCGCCAAGAGGCAGCGACAGUGACGAUGAUAUCCCCCAAAUGAAGAGCAAGAAGCGAAUUGCAUCAGAUUCCGAAAUGGAGAGCGAUGCGGAAGGGCAAAAAAAUAACAGAGACGCCAUGGAUUUGUUUGGAGGAGCAGAUGAUAUCUCUUCAGGAAGCGACGGAGAAGACAAGCCACCAACCCCAGGGCAGCCUAUUGAUGAGAAUGGUUUGAAUGAGGAUCAGCAAGAAGAAGAACCUAUCCCUGAAACACGGAUAGAAGUAGAAAUUCCAAAAGUCAACACGGAUCUGGGAAACGACCUGUAUUUUGUAAAGCUUCCCAACUUCCUCAGUGUGGAACCCAGGCCUUUCGAUCCUCAGUAUUACGAGGAUGAAUUUGAAGACGAGGAGAUGCUGGAUGAAGAAGGCAGGACGAGAUUAAAACUGAAGGUAGAGAACACAAUACGUUGGCGAACUCGCCGAGAUGAAGAAGGUCAGGAGAUCCGAGAAAGUAAUGCACGAAUCGUCAAGUGGUCUGACGGGAGCAUGUCCUUACACUUGGGGAAUGAAGUCUUCGACGUCUAUAAAGCCCCCUUGCAGGGAGACCACAACCAUCUCUUCAUCCGACAAGGGACGGGACUUCAGGGACAGGCCGUCUUCAAGACCAAAUUGACCUUCCGGCCACACUCCACAGACAGCGCCACGCACAGAAAGAUGACCCUCUCAUUGGCAGACCGAUGUUCAAAGACGCAGAAAAUCCGCAUUUUGCCCAUGGCUGGCCGCGAUCCGGAGUCGCAACGCACAGAAAUGAUUAAGAAAGAGGAGGAAAGGCUGCGCGCGUCCAUCCGUAGGGAAUCCCAGCAGAGAAGGAUGCGCGAGAAACAACACCAGCGGGGCCUGAGCGCCAGCUACUUGGAGCCCGACCGCUACGACGAAGAAGAAGAAGGAGAAGAGGCCAUCAGCCUGGCAGCCAUCAAGAACAGAUACAAAGGCGGGAUACGAGAGGAGCGCGCUCGAAUUUAUUCUUCAGACAGUGACGACGGUUCGGAUGAGGAGAAAGCCCAGAGGUUGCUCAAAGCGAAGAAGCUCAACAGUGAUGAGGAGGGUGAGUCUUCCGGUAAGAGGAAAGCUGAAGAUGACGAGAAGGUCAGCAAGAAACAGAAGAAAUACGUGAUCAGCGAUGAUGAGGAUGAAGAUGUGUAAAGGGCAUGGACUCUGAACUUGGGUGAUAGUUGUUGCUGUUGUUUUUUAAAAAAAAACA